UCCUUCUCCUCCCUCUCCUCUUUCGGCGUGAGUUCUGAGUUGCAGCGCUGCAAGGAGCGCAGAUCCGAGAGGGUCGCCUUCGGGAGGGACCCCGACUUUGGCCGCGCCUGCCGGGUCCGUUACUCCUCCUGGUCUCCGUCCGAGCGGAAAGGGGGCGGCCGCCUCCCCGUCUGAACACCCUGCUCUUCGGCGGGCGGCAGCAGCAGCAGCAACAGCGCUCGCCAUCCGUGCAGAGUCUCGCUCGCCUCGCCGGCGCGCCGCCCGGACGAGUCUGUGUCCCGGAGUCGAAGCCGGCCGCUUUCCUUGAAGGCGCUUCCGACGGUCAGUUUCCCCCCCACCCCCGGCGCGCAAGAUGCUCUUCGCCGGCUUCGAGUUGCUCUCGGCUCUGGCCACCGCCGCCGCCUGCCUGGCCUCGCUGACGCUGCUGCUGGCCGUCUCGCAGCAACUGUGGCAGCUGCGCUGGGCCGCCACGCGCGACAAGAGCUGCAAGCUGCCCAUCCCCAAGGGCACCAUGGGCUUCCCGCUGGUGGGCGAGACCUUCCACUGGCUGCUGCAGGGCCCGGGCUUCCAGUCCUCGCGGCGGGAGAGAUACGGCAACGUCUUCAAGACCCACCUGCUGGGCCGGCCGCUGAUCCGCGUGACGGGCGCCGAGAACGUGCGCAAGAUCCUGAUGGGCGAGCACAGCCUGGUCAGCACCGAGUGGCCGCGCAGCACCCGCCUCCUCCUGGGUCCCAACACCGUGGCCAACUCCAUCGGCGACGUCCACCGGCACAAGCGGAAGGUGUUCUCCAAAAUAUUCAGCCAUGAAGCUCUGGAAAGUUACCUCCCCAAAAUCCGGCUGGUGAUCCAAGAGACCCUGAGAGUCUGGGGCAGGAACCCCGAGCCCAUCAAUGUCUACCACGAAGCCCAGAAGCUCACUUUCCACAUGGCCAUCCGGGUCCUUUUGGGAUUCCGAAUCCCGGAUGGGGAGCUCAACCAGAUGUUCGAAGUCUACCAGCAAUUCGUGGAGAACGUCUUCUCCUUACCUGUGGACCUGCCCUUCAGUGGCUACCGUAAGGGGAUUCGCGCCAGGGAGAUCUUGCAGAAAGUCUUAGAAAAAGCCAUCCGGGAAAAGCUGCAGAGCUCGCAAGGCAAGGACUACCUGGACGCCCUGGACCUCCUGAUCGAAAGCGGCAAAGAAUAUGGCAAGGAACUGACCAUGCAGGAGCUGAAGGAUGGCACCCUGGAGCUGAUCUUCGCUGCCUAUGCCACCACCGCCAGUGCCAGCACCUCUCUGAUCAUGCAGCUGCUGAAGCACCCGUCGGUUCUGGAGAAGCUUCGCGAAGAGCUGAGGAGCAAGAGCCUGCUGCACAACAGCUGCCUCUGCGAGGGGGGCCUUCAUCUGGAGACCAUCCACAGCCUCCAGUACCUGGACUGUGUCAUCAAGGAGGUGCUCCGGCUUUUCACCCCCAUUUCGGGGGGGUACCGGACGGUGCUGCAGACCUUUGAGCUGGAUGGCUUCCAGAUCCCCAAAGGAUGGAGCAUCAUGUACAGCAUCCGAGACACUCACGACACCGCUCCCGUCUUCAAGGACGUGGACGUCUUUGACCCCGAUCGCUUCAGCCAGGACCGCAGCGAAGACAAAGAUGGCCGCUUCCACUACUUGCCCUUCGGCGGAGGGGUACGGACCUGUCUCGGCAAACACCUGGCCAAGCUGUUCCUCAAAGUGCUGGCCAUCGAGCUGGCCAGCAUGAGCCGCUUCGAGUUGGCCACCAGGACUUUCCCUCCGGUCACCCUGGUGCCGGUGGUGCACCCGGUCGAUGGACUCAAGGUCAAAUUUUUUGGACUCGAUUCAAACCAGAAUGAAAUCUUGACAGAGCAAGAGGCCAUGUUGGAGGCCACCGUGUAGGCCAAAGCAUGCUCUGGGCUGGCGAGGUAGGAAGAGACCGGAACAGAGACGGGGAAGGAAGAAGCUCGACUCACCGCCACUGGAGGGAGAAGGGCUGACCUUGGCGGACACACAUUCGGCAAAAGCCUUCUCCAGAGAAUAUGCCAAAACUGUGCGGGUGUUUCACUUGGGUGUGUUUGUAUGUGUGUGUGUGUGUGUGUGUGUGAAGAGUGGAUUUCUCCUCCGGGGCUUUCUGUUCGGUUUCAUAUUUGAACACCGGCGAGAAGCAAAUUGUGUUGACCAUAACCAGCGUAUGUGUGU